GAAACUCCAAAAUGUUUAGAAGAGCCUGUGAGCCAGAACAUCAUUAGCCCUAUCCAGAAUGAAAUAACUUGUUCGGGAAAAACGGAUAUUUUAUAGAAGAACUGUGAGUUUCUGGUAAAUCGAAUGUGCCGUCUGGAAAGCCUCAUCCAGUCCUUGAAGAUGAACAUCUUCCGUCUGCAAGCUGAAAAGGACUUGAACCCACAGAAAACAGAUUUUCCGAAGGAACGACUGAAUACAAUACAGGAGGAGCAUUCCAAGGAUCUGAAGCUAUUGCAACUGCAAGUGAUGAAUUUGCGCCAGCAGCUAAGAGAUGUAAAAGAGAAAGAAGACAAGGCACAAGAUGAGGUGCAAAGGUUGACUGUGACGCUGCAGCUUGCCUCAGAGACAAAGGUUUGA